UCUAGCGCUCAGGUGUACGAUUUCCAUCAGAGUACAUCCCCAACAUCCAGCAUCACCGCGGCCGAGAAACAUCUGUCCGUUACUGCUGCUGAGGAAAAUGAGAUGCCUGUGAGAAAGAGGAGGAGGACGGAGAGUCUCUCGCUCAAAUCCAUUAAGUGGAGCAGCAGCAGCAGCUCAGACCAGGCAUCAAUAUAUAAGAGACACGCUGAGGCUGGCCAAAAGAGAAAACGAAGUUCCCUCAGUGCUCAGGUGUACAACAUCUCAUCUCCAACAUCCAGCACCAAUGCGGCUGAGCAACAUCUGCCCAUUAGUGCUGCUGAGGAAUAUGAGAUGCCUGUGAGAAAGAGGAGGAGGACUGAUAGUUUUCAGAAGCUGCUCUCUCUCAAAUCCAUUAAGUGGAGCAGCAGCAGCAGCUCAGACCACACAUCGACACAUGAGAGACACGCUGAAGAUCAUUCUCUACAGUCUAUUGCCUUGUCUCAAGAGGAUCAUGGUCUUCAGGAACCUCUUUGCAGUGGUCAAGUCCUUCCUCCUGCAGAUCAGCAGGUUCAAAGACCUCCAGCUCCAGUCCACCAAAGUCCAGCCAGUCCAGAAUCAGUUCACAACAGCAGAGUGGACUUGACGACUGUAGAUGACAUUCUGAGCCGUUAUGAAAUCGGCAGAAAGCUUGGUGAGGGAGGAUUCGGCUCCGUCUAUGAAGGGAAACGCUUGGAGGAUGGCCUUGAGGUGGCAGUGAAAAUUGCCAGAAAGCCAAAGAACAUGAAAUACAUCAACAUUCCUGGUCAUCCCACACCCCUUCCAUUAGAGGUCGGCCUGUUAAUCCUGGUCAACAGGGAGCCCAAAGCUCCAGAGAUCAUUCAGCUGCUGGACUGGCAGGACCAGCCUGAAUAUUACAUCAUGGUCAUGGAGCGUCCCUCGCCCUGCGAAGAUCUGUGGAACUACUUGAGACGUCACGAUGGCAUCCUCAAGGAGGAAACAGCACGGUUCAUCAUGGCACAAGCAACGAUGGCCGCUCACAUCUGCUGUCAACGAGGAGUGUUUCACCGUGACAUUAAGCUGGAGAACCUGCUGAUGAACCCCGAAACCCUCGAGGUCAAGCUGAUCGACUUCGGGUGCGGGGAUCUCCUGAAAGACUCUGGCUAUAAAAGUUUCUAUGGCACACGAAAGUACUUCCCUCCGGAGUACUAUGUGAGGCGCAAGUACCACGGGAGACCAGCUACUGUGUGGUCUCUGGGAGUGCUGUUAUUCAUCAUGGUAUGUGGACGCUAUCCACAACCCAGAGACCUACACACGAUUGAACACAACAUCUGGUCUGAGCCUGGCUUGUCGAACGAUUGCUGCCACCUGGUUCAGUCUCUCCUGCAGCAAAACCCAAGCCAGCGGAUUGACUUGAGGGAAAUCCUGCUACACGAAUGGUUUAAGGUCGCCGAGUAAGACGUAAAGAGGAAAAUGUAAAUAGUGCAAAUGAAAUGUAAAUAUUAUUUGCAGUAUUUACUGCCACAGUUCCAGAGAUCCUCAAGUCAGUUUAGCAUCUGGUGGCCUGACAUGAGUGCCGAUCCCUCCGUGCCUUAGCAUCUUGCAGGGCUGACGAGCCUUGGUAGCAUCUGGCACCGUGGCUUAUGGCAGGAAUGUUAGUGCCUGCCGAUAUUACUUGCCUAGGGACAGUGCAAUGAGUCCCUCUCACAGUCGUCUGUA